CUGAUGCCGCUGGCGUCCCGGCGCGAAAUCUCAAUCAGUUCAGGCGUCGCGACGGCCACGGGUACACUCGUUUCUACGCCAGGCGCUCCAACACGUCGCCGCUUCUUCGAAAAAUAAAACACGUGCGGCCGUUUCACUCCAGUUAUGCCAACGCGAUUUCUGGACGAUGGUGAUCUGUUGUUGGUCCAUUUGUAAUCAAGUACUGGGGGUGGUGCGGUUUAGUACAUGAUUUGUUUUUAAUAUAUAUAUUUUUUAAUUUUUUGGUGUUUUGGUGCAAAUUUCGUUGCGGUAUUCUGAUGUUGCAGUUUUUAUGGUGAAUUGGCGAGAUCGCUUUUACAGUUGUUGACGUGGUGUCUACGUGGGAUUUCGUGUGACAAUGUCAAGUGAGCCAGAGACUAAGCACAAGGAACAUUCGUCGGGAACUAUCAGGAAGAAGCACCGGUCGAGAUCGACGCCCAGGUAUAACGAUGUCGACAAACCGAGGAAGAAGAGGCACAUCAGCGCCGGUACCUCUUCUUUGGUAUCUAUUCCCAACACUAUUAAAUUAACCAUGCUGAACACCGGAUUAUUGCCCACCAGUAUAUUCAACAAUGAAACUCUGAUCUUACGACCAACAGAGGCGGAAAAUGGUAAAACAGUUCCUGCCGACAAACCAAUAGACAUGAGAGAUUUCAUGAAAAUAUGCGAUCACCACAGAAGAUAUCCAGUGCUCUACAAAUUGGAAUUCCAAAUCGCAAUAAAAGUGGAGACCCAUUCCUGUCGACAUGGGACAAAGAAAGCAAACUUAGAAAAGAAUCAAAACCAAAGAUGCAUUCCUUAUGAUUAUAAUAGAGUAGUACUAGAUACGAUAGAGGGUGAGCACGACUCGGACUACAUUAACGCGUCGUAUGUAGAUAGUUUAUUAAAGCCCAAUGCCUACAUAGUGACACAGGGUCCGACGGAGGAGACCGUCACAGAUUUCUGGCGGAUGAUCUGGCAGGAGAGAGCGAGUUGUAUUGUGAUGUUAACAAAGACAUUCGAUUUCAUUAGGGUAAUGUGCGUACAAUAUUGGCCGGCUUCAAUAGAACUGGAGGAAGAAUACGGCGGGAUUCAUAUAUCUAUUACGCAAGAGGAAGAACUGGCUAAUUUUCAUAUACGCACGUUCAGGCUGUACAAGAAAGACAUGGACAACAUUGUCGAAGAACGGUUCAUCCUUCAGUUCCACUUCACCGAGUGGCACAGCCAUUCAUGUCCUUUUACAAACGCCCUGCUCGAGUUCAGGAGGAGGGUCAGGGCGGUCGUGGGUCACAGGAUCAAAACCGACGAGGCAGGACCGAUGGUCGUUCAUUGCAAUGACGGUGGUGGAAGAUCGGGCGUGUAUUUGGCAGUUGAUGCUAAUAUGGAACUUCAAGAAGAAGAAGAUAAAUUUGAUGUGUUUGGUUAUUUGAAGAAACUGAGGCAAUCCAGGAAAGGAAUGGUAGAGAAUGUGGAUCAGUACAAAUUUAUCUAUGACACACUGGAGGAGCAUGUCAUUUGCGGCAACUCCUGGUUUCCGGUCAGCGAACUGUCGCAAAGAUUGAAGAACAAAUCAUCGAAAAACCCCCUAACGAAGCUGAACGAGUAUCAACGGGAGUACAUGUUGGUGUGCAAGCAGACGCCUAGAUUCACCAUAGGCGACUGUGCCGGCGGUCAUCGAGGCGACAACAGGAAAAAGAACAGGGACGUUCUCAUCGUUCCACCCGAUAACUUCCGACCGUACUUGACAUCAUUCCAAGGAAAUAAUUACACGGACUAUAUUAACGCAGUUUUCGUCGAUGGAUACACGAAACCCCGAGAGUACAUAGUGACCGAAUGGCCGUUGAAAGCGACGUGCGGUGAAUUCUGGUCGUUGGUGUACGACUACGAAUGCUCCGCCGUGGUCGUUCUUUGUGUACCGCCCCAUAAUUCGCAACAAUUUCCGCCGUUCUGGCCUGAGGGUAGGACACCGAAAAAGUACGGACCAGUCUUCACAAUCGACCACAUCUCCCACAACCACUAUCCCAACAUCAAAACGUGGGUCUUUCGCAUCAACAAAAAGAUUGUGUCGCUCACUGAGCUGAUGGCAGGCGUAAAAGCGCCACCGAAAACUGUUCAACUAUUCCAAUUGACUUGCUGGCCCAUGGGACACAAAGUGCCCACUUCCACGAAUUCUUUGGUCGAGCUCAUGAACAUGGUGGAACGCUGGAGGCAAAGGACCGAUUAUGGUCCAGUCUGCGUUGUCUCGCCAGACGGACGCAGUAGGUGCGGUAUAUAUUGUGCGGCGAAUGCCUGCAUUGAGCAAGUAAUACAACAUGGUGAAGUCGACAUCUUUCAAGCGGUGAGAACUGUACGGAGACACCGGCCUCAAUUGAUCGAAAACAUAACCGAAUAUAAGUACUGCUAUGAUGUCGUUCUGCACUAUGUUCUCCAUUAUCUGCAAAAGGAUCUUCAAGAGCUCAAAGUCAAGACCAAACACUAGAUGAUUACAUAUAUUAUCAAAAUACAGUACCAAUAAUAUAUACUGGCAGAAAUUAGGAUUACAUUCAUAGACGAUAGAGCACUAAAGCCGAGACUUUUUGUUUGUUUAGGUGUUUAAGCUAUUCAUAGAUUUUUUUAUAUUUUUUAAUAUGUUUCAAGUAAUCGGCAUGCUCGUAUUAUUACUAGAUAUUUGUUUAUUAUUUGUGGAACUAUAAAUUGCAAAGUAGUAUAGAAACAUCGUUUGUCUACCAAAUGAAAUAAUCCAUUAAACUGUACAACACUUAAAAUACAAAAUCAAAUAAAAUAUUUAAUAAAAGGAAAAGAUAUAUUUUAUACAAAUUUACAGAUUAUCAUGCAGGCAUGCGAUGUUUUUGUUGAUAAUAAUUACGUGUACCCAUAGGGAUAUGAACAUCGCACAUUAAUUAGUGUUUGACGUUGCUUAAGUCCUUCCAUUUGUUCAAUUGCACAAUUCCUUCCAUUCUACCGUCCAUUUAUUUGUUCGACCUUUUAUCUCAUCAGAAGGAUGCAGGCAGAUUGAACAGUUUUAUUUUGUUGAAUUUAAUGAAUCAUUGUGAUACAAAUAAUUGUGAGAAACUAAAUGACAGGACAUAAAAUAUUUUACUAUGUAUAUUAAAUUAUUGUUCUUCGAAAAUCUGUAAAAUAUAAAUACAAAAGUCCUUUUAAGGAGAGCGAGCUAGAAAGAAAUAUUUCCAUGUUGAAUGAGUUAGUCAUAACCAUUCAACAUUAUGGCUUUAUUUAGUAACCACUCUUCCAUUCUAUGAAUCACGAACAAGACUUACGCUGUGAACAUGUACCCUUCUAUUAUAUGAUUAUGCACAUUCUAUUAAAGUAUCAUAAAUGCUUGUUUCCCGCCUAAUUCCAAAGUAGGAACUUGGACGCAUAUGUAUUUAGUGUUCUAUUUGUAUACUCAUAGAUUUACAAACUAAAUUGUAACCUAUUGAGGCCAAAUAAUCUGUGAGCUAGUCAUAAAACUAUUUUGAGGUAAAAGUAAAAUAAUGCUAUGUAUAUUUUUGUUACUUUACCGUGAAAUUAAUUAUAUAAUAAUUAUAUUGUAAUAUCUUAAUGA